UUCAGGGAACCUUGGUCCAUGGCCAUCUAUCACGAUCGGUUUAUUGAUCUUAAGAAAGAACUGCACCAAAUCCUAAUAUCCAGCCAGGUGGAUGGCCUUCCAUCAUUGGAACAGCUAGUUCACCAGAUAGUGGAUGGCGAACUCAUUCUUUCUGAGAAACCAAAGAAAUACCUGAAAAGGUUCUUUCAGCAAAAUAUCUACAAGCGACGGGUGGAGGAAAGCAUCCUCAGUUAUCUGAACUACAAUAAUUACCAUCUGCCUAUGUAUGCAUGGCCAGGGAUUGUUUAGUUACGAUUGGUUAAAGGAGGCUCGCUUUUCACUCCUGAUCCACAGGGCCCCUAACUACCAGCCCCUCUCUUAGGGAGCGCUCAGCUGGUUCUCAGACGUAGGCUGCAUUGUGCAAGCACCAUGACAUGUUCUCUCUCAGUUCUCCAGGAGGUGGAGCAGGACUUUGAUUUCCCCUUCAGCAAGAACCAGCCGGGCCAGGCCCAGCCAUUCCUAUGCAAAGCUGGCCUGGCUUCCAACAAUAAAAGCCCGCU